CCGCCCCCGCGCUCGGGGUCCUCAGCCCAGUCUUCGUCCGGAGCCAGAAGCCCAGAGACAGCCGAGGGCGCCGUGGGGGCUCAGGACGCUCACGGCUCGGCCGGAUCCCCGCCAGCCGGGCAGGAGGCGGACGCUCCGCGGUAGAGGCAGCAGCUAGGACUGGAGCGCGGGCGACAGCAGCGGCGGCGGCAGCGACACCAUGGAUCUCUCCUUUAUGGCCGCGCAGCUGCCCAUGAUGGGAGGAGCUUUCAUGGACUCACCCAAUGAGGACUUCAGCACUGAGUAUUCCCUGUUUAAUUCCUCUGCCAAUGUCCACGCGGCCUCCAACGGCCAGGGCCCGCCGGAAGAUCCUCCUCGAUCCUCCAACGACGCCGUCUUGCUAUGGAUUGCCAUCAUAGCCACGCUGGGGAACAUCGUGGUGGUAGGCGUGGUGUACGCCUUCACCUUCUGAGGAUGGCGCACUCUGCACCACCAUGGGGUGAGGCUUGGCAUAUGGCUCUGUCUUGCUGUUGGCUUUUAGCUGCUCCCAUGUUCUAGAACCAGGAGUUCUGACCAGGGGCAGCGGCCGUCCUUCUGGAAUUUCCCCUUGGCAGCCCUGAUUUCAAAUAUCCCACGUUGCGGUCAAACUGAGUCAGAAAACAUGGAAGUAUGGGCCUCCUGCUCCUAGAGGCAUGACGGGGCAAGGCCUUCAGAAGGCAGAUUGGGGAUUCUUGAAACUACAUUCCAAGAACAGGAGAGCAGAUGGAGCAGCUAGUUAGGUUUAAAACACAGACAUGGUUUGAUGACCGCUUGCUGGUGGUAAAUAA